AUGCAGGCACCCAAGACUACGAUCAACGCUCAGAAGCAGGCCACCAUCCUCGCCUGGUUCCACAAGACUGCACUGGCAUACAGCAUUAAGGACCUAGAGAAGCUGAUACCUUCAGUCGCGUCCAUCAACGGCAUGGCGGUGAAAGACUACCUGCAAGCGCUCCAAGACGACUCCCAGAUCCGCUCGGAGAAGAUUGGUAGCGGCAACUGGUACUGGAGCUUUCCGAGCGAGGCGAAGAAGGCGAAGGAGGACUCUUUGGCGAAGGCACAAGAAGAGUACGACAAGGCCAAUGCCACAGCCACGGAGCUGCAGGCGAAGGUGGACCAAGCUGGUGCCGCACGAGCAGAGGACGAGGAACUGCUCGCGGAGACAGGUGGUGACCGCAAAACACUCGUUACAAAGCAUGAAGAUCUCACCAAGGAAGUCGAGAAGCUUCGCACAGAGCUUGCUGCAUACAGCGAGUAUGACCCUAUCGAGCUGGACAAGAAGAUCGAGGAUACCCGACGCUCGCAGGCCGCUGCUGACAAGUUCACUGAGCACAUCUACUGCAUGGAGGGCUGGCUCAAAGAGCGGGUGUCGGAUCGAGAAGGCCAGGUCGGUGUCCUGAGAGAGCUUUAUGGCGACGAGUGGGAUGACGAAGAUGGAGGACUCCAUGAGCUCUGA